AUGUCUUACAAUCGUAUUGCCGUCUACGGCCAUCGCGGCCGCUUCAGUUCCAAGAUUCUCUCCGCGCUCAUCGCUUCCGGUGCACCAAUCACGGUUCUCCAUCGUCCCGGUUCGGAUGUGUCCAGUUUGCCAUCACAUGUUCCAAAAAUUGAAGUGAAUGUCCUCGACGAAGAUGCUUUGGUCGCGGCGUUGCAGGACAUUGACAUUGUACUGUCUCUGGUUGGAGACGAAGGCAUCGACCGCGAGCUAGGCCUUGUCCGAGCUAUUCCUCGGACUGGGGUCAAGUUGUUUGUGCCCUCUGACUUGGGUCUUCAAUACGACCAAGAAGCAUUGGCAAUUCCCAUCCUUCAGAAGAAAGCAAAUGUGCUAGAGGCCGCCAGGCAAGCGAAUAUCCCAUUCACGGUAAUUCUCAUUGCAAAUUUUGCAGAAUUCACUCUCGGUUCCAUCGUAAUGGGAGUAGACGUCGAGGGAAAUCGGCUGCUUUAUACGGGCAAUGCGGCCACAGAAAAAGCGAGCAUGUGCGAAUACACGGCUCACCUCACACACAAUGCGAGCAGCACCGUCAACUAUGUUGCCGCUGCCUACGUCUCAAUCUUUACUACAAACCCCGUCUCCGAAAUCAGCAACCGGGCCAUUGGUCUUGUCGAGCUCGCUCCCACAGGCCAGGAGAUUGCUGCAGCGCUCGAAAAGAGGCACGGCCGGAAGCCCGACAUCUUCACACAGAGCACCGAGCAGGUCACGGCAGAAUUUCUGGCUCGCCUCGAUUCCGACCUUUCCGCCCUCGCUCCGGCGUGGUACUGGCGCAAGCUUUGGGGUACGGGCGAUCUGACGAGACUGCUUGGCUCCGAUAUUUGGCAUGUUCCUAAUGUCCGCAAGGCUACCUUGGACGACCUCAUUGUCAAAGGAGAGGUGGGCACUUACCGGGAUCUGAGUCAGGUUCUGCCAAUUCUUGAAGAAGCCAUGUUUAAGUAA